GUUUGUAUAUAAAUAAGCGUGAUAGCAACCAUGAGAGCAAACGCGGUUCGCUGUUUGCCCUGGUUAUUGUAAAGCUUCCAAGAAAAUUUAUCUUUUAUAAAAUCUUGUUUUAUUUUCACAAUACAAGAAAGGAAACAUGAAAGAGUAUACAAGCCGGUCUAGUUCUCGUUCUUCGCUAAAACUAUGUUUGCUGUCCAUUCUCUUUCUCACUGAGACAGUCGUCGCCAUCAAGCUGCCGCCAAACUUGAAGAUUCCAGCCCUAAUAGCUUUCGGAGACUCCAUCGUUGACACUGGAAAUAACAACAAUGUCAAAACCGUUGUUAAGUGCGAUUUUCAACCUUACGGUAUCAAUUUCCAAGGCGGAGUCCCCACCGGGAGAUUCUGCGACGGACGAGUUCCUGCCGAUUUGCUAGCUGAGGAAGUGGGGAUAAAAUCAGUUGUACCCGCAUAUCUCGAUCCAAAUCUAACGCCUAAAGAUCUUUUAACCGGUGUAUCAUUUGCGUCGGGAGGUUCUGGUUAUGAUCCUAUAACACCCAAACUCGUGGCAGCAAUAUCAUUACAAAAGCAGUUGGAAUAUUUUGAGGAGUACAUAGAAAAAGUGAAGAAUUUAGUGGGGGAAGAAAGAAAAAACUUCAUAUUAGCCAACAGCUUGUUCUUAUUGGUCGCAGGAAGCGACGACAUCGCCAAUACUUACUAUGAUCUUCAUGCAAGACCUCACUAUGACGUCGAUUCGUACACUACUCUUAUGGCCAACUCUGCCUCCGAUUUUGUGAAUAAACUAUACGGAUAUGGAGUAAGAAGAAUAGCUGUGUUUGGUGCACCACCACUUGGUUGUAUCCCAUCACAGAGAACCUUAGGAGGAGGUCUUUUGAGAGAGUGUGCUGAGUAUUACAAUGACGCAGCAAAGCUCUUUAAUUCAAAGAUCUCCACAAAAUUGGAUUACCUGCGCAAAACUCUACCGGAUAGUAAACCGGUCUACAUUAAUAUCUAUGACCCUCUUUAUGAUAUCAUCCAGAAUCCUACAAAAUACGGAUUUGGAGUAUCUAACAAAGGAUGCUGUGGAACAGGAGCCAUAGAAGUUGCUGUCCUCUGCAAUAAAAUCACAUCUUCAGUAUGUCCUGACGUGUCUAGCCAUGUAUUUUGGGACAGUUAUCAUCCCACAGAAAAAACUUACAAAGUUUUAGUCUCAUUGUUGGUUGACAAAUUUGUUAAUCAGUUUAUCUGAAUUAAAAACUAUUGCCACUUCGUAAUGAUUGAUUAUAUUUCAUCAUGUUUUGUUUGUAUUAUUUGAAAAUUGUAUUCCCUCUAAAGUAACAUUUUCUUAUUGUUUCA